AUGUACUUAACAUUAAACAACAAAGCUAUCGGAGCGAUCAUGCUGGUUAUCCCCCUUACCAUUCUCUGCCUGUGUCUGUUCGCCAUUGUCAAACUGCUUCACUCCCUUCUCCAAGGCCCCAUCGCUCUCAUCAUCAAAAAAUUCAUCAACGCCCACUUUCCCGGACCGCUGGGCUACCUCACCGGAUACCUCGCCAUCAUCAUCGGCGCCGCGUUGACCAUCAUCGUCCAGAGCUCCUCCAUCUUCACCUCCUCCCUCACCCCGCUCGUCGGCAUCGGGGUCAUCGAACUCGACCGGAUGUACCCUUUGACCCUGGGGUCAAACAUCGGCACCACGACCACGGCGAUUCUCUCAGCCUUAGCCAACACGGACGGCCUCAGAAACGCGUUACAAGCAGCCUUCUGCCACCUCUUCUUCAACAUCACCGGCAUCCUCCUGUUCUACCCCAUCCCCUACCUCCGCUUCCCCAUCCCGCUUGCCAAAUUUCUAGGCAACUGCACGGCCGAGUACCGCUGGUUCGCCAUCGUCUACAUCCUCCUCAUGUUCUUCCUCUUCCCCGCCCUAGUCUUCGCUCUCUCCAUCCCGGGCUGGUACGUCCUCCUCGGCGUCCUCGGGCCCGUCUGCCUUCUCUUCAUCAUCAUCGGCGUCAUCAAAUGCCUGCAGGCUAAACGUCCCCAGAGCCUGCCCAGAAAGCUCCAAGACUGGAUGUUCCUACCCCAGCCGCUACGGUCUUUAGAACCCUAUGAUCGCACCAUGCAGAAAGUCUUCUUCUGCAAGCGAUUCUAG